AUGGCCCUUGCUCUGCGCCUCUUCCUCCUGAUCCUCCUGGCUGUGGCCCUGCCUGCCAGGGCUGCCCAGGCUGCUCCGCUGCAAGUGCGGGGAGCAGAUGAGCAUGCUAGGAAGGCUUAUCCAGCAGCUUGGCUCCAUGCAGAUUUCCAGCCUCUUAAGCCUCCUGCAGGUGUGUCUGCAGGGAAGACUUUUCAGGCUCCUUUCCGGGUUGCUGCACACAAGCCCAGCUCCCAUCGCAGGGGGAUGGACAGAGAGGCUGUGCUGAAGGCUGAGUUUCCCAGAGGAAGCAGUGGCUCAUUGGCAGCCUCUGCUGCAGGAAGGGAGGCGAUGCCCGGCACAGUCACUGGAGAUGAGCAUGCUAGGAAGGCUUCUCCAGCAGCUUGGCUCCAUGCAGAUUUCCAGCCUCUUAAGCCUCCUGCAGGUGUGUCUGCAGGGAAGACUUUUCAGGCUCCUUUCCGGGUUGCUGCACACAAGCCCAGCUCCCAUCGCAGGGGUCCUCCGAGAGGGAAGAACAAACCUACAGGAGACAAGAUGGACAGAGAGGCUGUGCUGAAGGCUGAGUUUCCCGGAGGAAGCAGUGGCUCAUUGGCAGCCUCUGCUGCAGGAAGGGAGGCGAUGCCCGGCACAGUCACUGGAGCUUGGGACCAUGACCUGCAUCAUUUGGAAAGACUGGCAAACCAUGGUUUAAGGGUCUUGGAGCUUGGUGAAGCCAAACGUGAUGAUGAAGAUCAUCUGGCUUCCCAGCCCAUAUCCAUUACUGAGCCUCUGGGAGAUGCUGAGGGUGUGUCUGCAGGGAGGACUUUCCCAGGUCCUCUGGUGGAUGUUGCACAUAAGCCCGGCUCCCAUCGCAGGGGUCCCCUGAGAAGGAAGAACAAACCUACAGGAGAGAGGAAGUCCCUGGAGGCAUCCAAACAUCUGGAACAAAUCCUGAGUGAUGUGGAGAGAUGUGGUGAUGCAGCCAGCACCUCAACACAUGCUGACAAGACCUGGAAAAGCAUGAGAAGAGUUUUCUGCUGGGGAACACCUUGUUUGGUUAAGUUGAUGGCCACUGUGCUUGGUGCAGCACUGUGCCUGAUCAUUUGCUCUGUUGGAAUCUGGUAUUGCUGGAAGAGAAAAUGGUGCUUCUGCCCAUCUUCAGAAGACAAGCCUAACAACUCCAGCAAAGAGAACUUGACCCGUGUUCCCAGCUCUUCACUUCUGUCCCCAUCUGCCCUGCCGCAGCUGCAGCACCCUCUUGAGCCCUUCCCCAAACUCACCCCUCCACAACGAGACCCUUCGCCCCUGAGCCCCCUGGUCCUCUUCCCCAGCUAUGACUAAAGGUGGGCAGGCCUCGUCUGCCAGGGCAGGGCUUGGCCCACGUUUUAUGUUCAAAUAAAAAUAUAGAGUUGUCAUAGA